GCUGGAUAAGGGUUCAGAGUUGUACUGAGUGUGGCCAGAGCAUCGAGGCGGGAGCUCCGGUCGGGGACUCGGACCAGUCAGCCGGGACGGCCGCGGCGUACCGACUGCAGAGUGCCUUCUUUUCCAUUUCUUCCCUGGACCCCGCGUCCGGGUCGCCCGCGCGGGUGUGGCGGGGAGCGCCCGGAAAAAGAGCCCCUUUUCGCGCCGCCCGCGGAGGAGACCCCGCUGCCCGGACGCUGACAGCCGGCUCUCCUGGAGGACGGCGGAGAGCGGCGGCAUCAGCCAGCAACUUUUCCGGCCCAGAGGACUGAGACUAGCGGCCCAGAACGAACUUUGCAAAGCUCGGCUGCGCCGUGGGCUGCCGCGCGGCGGUCGGGACACGCAGGCAGUCGAGGGAGACGGGAGACCUGCCGGGGCGCGCGGCUGAACUUGGUCGAGCGCUAGCCGUGGCGGCCGGCCGUCCCCUCCCCCUCUCCUCGGAGGAGGGGUCAGUCGUCGGGAGUCGGGAGAACUCCGCGCUGACAGCCUCUAUCUCCGGGAAGCGACUUCGUCCGGCGCUCCCGAGGAGCCGCUGCGCCCCCAGUGCUCCGUGAGUGACCGCGACUUUUCAAAGCCCGGCGGCGCGCGGACUCAACUAGAGUGAGUGCACACGGCGUCUUAACCCCGUGCUCCCCGGAGCGAACUUGGGAGGAGGGCGCAGGGGGAGCACUGCCUGCUGGAGCGCGCGCUCUUGGAGAAACUUUCCUUCUCGCCAAAAGGCCCGGGGGCGCGCGGGUGUCCCCCACCUCCACCUCCCCGGCGCGCUGCUGCGGUCCCGAAACUUGUGCUCACAGCCGAAGCCAGCCCCGCGUGAAGUGCAGGACUGUUCUAUGACUGCAAAGAUGGAGACGACCUUCUACGACGAUGCCCUCAACGCCUCAUUCCUCCAGUCCGAGAGCGGCGCCUACGGCUACAGUAACCCCAAGAUCCUGAAACAGAGCAUGACCCUGAACCUGGCCGACCCGGUGGGCAGCCUGAAGCCGCACCUUCGCGCCAAGAACUCGGACCUCCUCACCUCGCCCGACGUGGGGCUGCUCAAGCUGGCAUCGCCGGAGCUGGAGCGCCUGAUCAUCCAGUCCAGCAACGGGCACAUCACCACCACGCCGACCCCCACCCAGUUCCUGUGUCCCAAGAACGUGACCGACGAGCAGGAGGGCUUCGCCGAGGGCUUCGUGCGGGCCCUGGCCGAACUGCACAGCCAGAACACGCUGCCCAGCGUCACGUCGGCGGCGCAGCCGGUCAGCGGGACGGGUAUGGUGGCCCCCGCGGUGGCCUCGGUGGCGGGCAGCGGCGGCGGCAGCGGCGGCUUCGGGGCCGGCCUGCACAGUGAGCCGCCGGUCUACGCCAACCUCAGCAACUUCAACCCGGGCGCGCUGAGCGGCGGCGGCGGCGGCGGUGGGGCGCCCUCGUACGGCGCGGCCGGCCUGGCGUUUCCCGCGCAGCCCCAGCAGCAGCCCCAGCAGCCGCACCACCUGUCCCAGCAGAUCCCGGUGCAGCACCCGCGCCUGCAAGCCCUGAAGGAAGAGCCGCAGACGGUGCCCGAGAUGCCCGGGGAGACGCCGCCCCUAUCCCCCAUCGACAUGGAGUCCCAGGAGCGGAUCAAGGCGGAGAGGAAGCGCAUGAGGAACCGUAUCGCUGCCUCCAAGUGCCGGAAAAGGAAGCUGGAGAGGAUCGCCCGGCUGGAGGAAAAAGUGAAAACUUUAAAAGCACAGAACUCGGAGCUGGCGUCCACGGCCAACAUGCUUAGGGAACAGGUGGCACAACUUAAACAGAAAGUCAUGAACCACGUUAACAGUGGGUGCCAACUCAUGCUAACGCAGCAGUUGCAAACGUUUUGAGGGGAGACUGUCGGGGCUGAGGGGCAAUGGAGGUAGAAAAAAAUGACACAGAUUUGAGAACUUGACAGGUUGCAACAGAGAGGGGGGAAGAAGUGUCCGAGGACUAAAGCAAAUGGCAUCCAAGUUGGACUGGGUUGCGUCCUGACGGCGCCCCCAGUGUGCUCGAGUGAAAAGGGCUUGGCGCGCCUUGCCUUGGCUGGCUUGGAGCCAGGGAGCAGCCGCCUGCAGGCUGCCCGGCUUUGUGAUCGGGCUGUCCCUGCGCAAACAGAAGGAUAGACUUUUCUUUAACAUUGACCAAGAACUGCAUGGACCUAACAUUCGAUCUCAUUCAGUAUUAAAGGGGGGUGGGGGGAUUACAAACUGCAAUAGAGACUAGAUUGCUUCUGUAGUACUCCUUAAGAACACAA